CACAUCACGUUUGAAAUCUCUCACUCUUUGUGCAGUGUUUGGUCUGUGCUGGUGACGCUGUGCCGUCAGAAAGUUCACCUUUCCAAGAUAUUUCGUGUGGUGAAUUAGACAUGGAUCCACUGUUGCCCACCCUGAGCAUUGUUGACACCAGUGUGCCACAGGACAGACAACAGUGCUUUCUUAAAGCAUCGAAGGACGCCAAGACCCUGGCCUCUCGCAACAGGUGCUUCGAGCGGAACACUAGCCAGGACAAAAAAACUGCUUGUGAGGAAGCUAAAAAAAGAUGCCAGCACAUUACUUGUGCGCCAUCUGAGGUCCAGUAUCUCGGCCAGCUCAUUCUAAACUUUGGCAAGUACAAUGGACAAAGUUUUAAAUGGCUGGUGGAGAACGACGUUGGCUACAUUAAAUAUGUGCUGGAUCUACACAUCAAGGAGCGUCGCCAUCAAGGAAGAAAAGAGGGCCCAGGUGAGUAUAUAAAGGAUCUUCUGUUACAGUAUGUGCAACUGUUUCCACAGGUUUCCUGCCACCUCGAGGUCAACGUCGACAGUGCCAUCUACGGUCAGGGCCGCUUCAGAUCCUUCACGUUCCUGGAGAUGUGGCAGUGGUACAGCCUGCACAAGACCCUGCAGGCGGAUCCACAAGCUGGUAGUGCCCAAGAAAAGAAGAUGGCACAGGAGGCGUUCUGCUCUGUGCGGCAGUGGCUGACGAUGAAGGAGGAGGACAUCAGCGUCAAGACACUGAAGCGGUUCCGGCAGUACAUUCUCAACAAAGAGAAACCCCUAGAAGACAGGCCUCUUCCUGCAGCGGCGGCCAGCUCCAGCUCGUCGGGAUCUAGAGGUGAUGGUGGAUGGGCGGAUGAUGCGCUACUGGUGGAAGCCCUCAGUGCUUUCGAAGCACAAGCAGUUGAGGACAAAGGCAGUCUGCCGAAGAAACCACUCAGCUUCCCUGAAAGACAAGGAGCCGGGGAAGCAAAGAGAAGAAAACGUUCCUGUGAAGAUCUGUCACAGAAGCCACACUCAGACUCUCCACUGUCUGCUGCUCCUGCGUCGACUUCUUUAUUGGAGGCUCCUGCAUCAGCCUCAUUAGUUCCUGGCCAGUCUUCGUCAUCGGCUCCUGCAUCAGCCUCAUCAGUUCCUGGCCAGUCUUCUUCAUCGGCUCCUGCAUCAGCCUCGUCAUUUCCUGCCUCGGCUUCUUCAUCGGCUCCUGCAUCAGCCUCGUCAGUUCCUGCCUCGGCUUCUUCAUCGGCUCCUGCAUCAGCCUCGUCAGUUCCUGCCUCGGCUUCUUCAUCGGCUCCUGCAUCAGCCUCGUCAGUUCCUGCCUCGGCUUCUUCUUCGGCUCCUGCAUCAGCCUCGUCAGUUCCUGCCUCGGCUUCUUCAUCGGCUCCUGCAUCAGCUUCUGUGUCAGCUUCUGACGUUCAACCUAGAAGGUCAUCUGGUGGGUCAACACACAGUGACCCAGCACAUUCUGAGGUGUUAUUUGAGGGUUGGCACAAGAUGUGGGAGUCUGGUCUUCAUGGGCUGCCCAGUGCAGACAUACUGUGGCUUAAGGAGGAUGCUGAAAGGGGACUCUUUCAGAGGGCCAUGGCUUAUAAAGACAAACAUGGAAACAGAAAGUGGAGGAAAGUCCUGAAGGAUGACCGGAUGUGGUUUCACCCUCCAGAAUUUCCUGGAGUGGUGGAAGGAAAAGUCCCCUCAGCAGACUCCUUUUUUCACAGCUCCGUUUUUUUCUGGAGACCAGUCGGUGUGUGGCGUUACAGUCUUCGGUGCCCAAGGUCUGACUGCCCAGCACGCACCAAUCAGAAGGCUUUUCUCUACCGUUGUGGGUAUUCAUCCACGGUAAGACAGAUCUGCCACAUGUCUGGCUGGUACUCCAUGCUGACUGAGGUCCUGGCAUGCAACGCCUGUAGAAAGGCUGCAAAGGAGUCGGAAGAGCAUACUAUUGGUCGUUUCCUGUCAUGGGAUCAGUGCAUCCUUAAUCAGCUCAGUCCAGCUCACAGAGCGGUGUUUCCUGCUGUCUUGACGCUACGGCGUGGCGUGGACAAGCAGGUGAUCCGCCUGAUGAGGGAUCGCACUGAGGGAAACACCAUGGUGAAGGUUUGGAGACAGGUGCAGGAGAGCCACUGCGAGGACUAUCUGCAGAGAAAGGACUUGUACACCACUCUUCUCAGCCAGUACAACAAACCUGGGAAGAUCACUCGGAGUUUGUGCCAGCAGUUCCAGCGACCACCAGCACGGAGAGAGCCGCCAUCUGCCAGACUGAUGAGAAAGGCGUUCCUUAUCUCAGAGGCAGAUAACAUCGAGGACUACCGUACUCAGAUUAUGUCCACAUUUGGGCAAGUCCUGAAGUACGACUCCACCAAGAAGAUCUGCAAGAAACUCUCCGGCGAUGGAAAAGGCACUGCAGAGUGGUGUACCAAUGUGGCCAACGAGCAGGGGCAGAUCCUCAUAUCUGUUCUCACCUGUGAGGAGUCAUUGGAGAAGAUGAGGCCGAUGGCUGAAGGCCUCAUGGAGAGGUACAGGAGAGCUGAUGAGGCACCGCCCGAGCUCAUGUAUGUGGAUCGUGGCUGCUGUCGCGUCCACGCCGUGUCCUCGGUUGAGCAGCUCUUCAGUGACUGGACGGACAGGGGCAUGCUGGUACGGCUGGACAUCUUUCAUUGGAUCCAUCGAUUCGAUGCAGCCCUACGGACAGAUCAUCAUCCAAAGUAUGCCCUGUUCAAGUCUGCCCUCUCUGCUGCCGUCUUUGCCUACAACAAAGACGACAUGGCUCUUCUGGUACAGGCGAUACGUGCCGGUCACCCAACCAACUAUGCCUCCCUGACUGACAGCCAGAUCAUCGAGCUGCGUGUCAGUAAAUAUGACCUCAGCCAUUACGUCAGGAGGAUCACAGUUGGUGCACAGGAAACAUGUGCGCGCGUGCAGUGCGCCAUUGAUCUCCUGAAGGGAGCCGCAGGGAUGGAUGAGAAUCAGGUGCAUCUGUUUAAGGACUCUGCAGCCAUCGACCACGUCUGGGAGAACCAGCAGAAGCACCUUGAAUGCAUCCAGGAUCCACCAGGGAGGAACAUGUACACCAUCACCAAGUAUGUGACCCGUAACGGUGUUCGUCUUGCGCGGUACAGUACGGUGAGAGGAAGCAACAGUCUGGAGGGCUUUCAUUCCUUUCUGCCUGACAUGAUCCCGGGACCCCACUGUGCUGCCGUCCCGUUUCAAGUCUAUCUGUUGGCUGGCAUCGCACGCUGGAACUCUAACAGGGAGUCAGCCAGCGUCCAAGGGCGGAAAGGGAGGAAACAUAUGGUGUACAUGUCUCCUCUGGUCCAUCGCCUAAACCAAAGGUGCCAGGAGCUAUUUGGGGAGGUGGAGGAGGCAAACUACAGGCCUCCAGUUCCUGCUGGUGAUGAGCGCAUUGGUCUGGAGUACCUGUUUUCCCAGUCCUCAGAGCCCUUCAGUGCUCCUGAUCAUUACGCUCAGACUAGAGAGACACUUCAGGCAGAUGAGGAUGAGGACGAAGAUGUUCCUGCUGGGGUGGCAGAGGAAGAGGAAGAGCUGCAGGAGGAAGAUGAUGAUGUGGGCUACUCCUCAGACCGCGAGAGGGACAGCCUGACUCCUCUGAGGAACCGUCUGUGCCUCACCGAUCAGGCAGUGGCUGCUGAAUUUGACCCCUGUGUGGAGGACGUGUGCGGUCCCAAUCAUCUGCCUGGGUACCAGCACGUAGAGGAUCUGUGUAAAGUCCUUGUUGAGAUCGCCCUGGAGGAAGGAAAACUUGCCUUAAAUGAGUCGACCAGGCAAAAGGUCAUCAGCGCCUGGAACAAGCUUGACCUCCAUGACCGCAGCAUCCAACAAUUCGACAGCCUCUACUCUGCACGCUGGGGCAAUGCUCUGUUUGGCCGCACCAGUGGAGAUCCGACUGAGGCGUCCCUGGUGCAGAAGCUCAAGUUCAGCAAGCGGUACUCAGCCGCACACUUGGUGGACUCCAGAAAGAACCGGCUGAUGUACUGCCUGGUCAAACAGCUGUGGCUUCAUCCUGGUGUUGGAGGAAAAGCUAAAGGGUCACCGCUGAAACAGCAGAUCACUAAACUGUACCAGCGUGUGCAGCAGAGAGUGACGGUGGACGAUGAUCAGCUCCGCAAACUCGGGAUUCCCAUCCUGAAAAUAAAUUCAAAGUGCGUGAGCGAGUUCAUCAGGAGGCAGGAGGCACUGUCAGCCACAAACGUCACCGACCAGGGUCUGUCUGUCCUCCGUCGUCACCAGAGCGUCUCCAGCACCAGCCAGCCCCCCGCUGAGGAGCUUCCAGAGGAAAGACCCCAUACCAGCCGGCCUGCAGUGCAGUAUCCCAUCACCACUUCUCUGGCCGGCACCCGAAAGUUGAAGCAAAGGCUCCCGCAAAUCUUACCUGUCCCUCCCUCUGCUCUUGCUCAACCAGUUCCUGCGCCGGCCCAUUCGAUGCCCGCAGGACUCCGGCACACACACACUCUGCUGACUGCACCUCCCGCUGUUUCCUUGCCGCAGGCAUCCACUCCGCUACUGUUGCCCUCAAGAUCAACAGUCUACAAGAGGAAAAAGGCAGAACUCAGUGGCUCUGGACAUCCAACCUCAGUGAAGGUUUACAUCUGUGCUCUGUGUGGCCAACCAACUCAAGGCCACAAGAAAUACAGAAAGAAGAGCUACUGUGAGAGCUCCAAAGCCUCCACGUCCACAAACCUUGCUGGGCAGACGUUUGACUGUUUUGAAGACUUUAAAAGGGCUGUGGACGUUCUCUUGGGCUCUCAGUCUCAGGCCUCCGAGUCUGUCUAACUGGACCUCUAUCCAUGUUGCGGUUCAUAGUUCUUGACUUGUAACAGUAUUAUUGUUGCAAAAAUGGAUAUGUUAUAAUAACAGUUGGUUGUUUGAAAGUUUACAGUGUUUUACACUAAUCUUUUGAUUGUUGUAACACUGGUAUUGAUGCAAAAAUGUAUGUUAUAAUAACAGUUGAUUUUUUAAAAGUUUACAGGUUUUUACGGUUUGCACUAAUUUGUUGACUGUUUUUUACACUUAUUGUUGCACAAAUGUUCGCAAUAUUAACAGUUGACUGUUUCAGAGUAUACAUCGUUUUAUACUAAUUUGUAGAUUGUAACUUAUUGUUAAUUUACAAAAGUGCAGCUUUUUUUUACAGUUUGCACUAAUUUGUUGAUUGUUGUAGAAACAAAUUUUAUAUUAACAUUUGACUGUUUAAGUUUACAGUGUUUUACACUAAUUUGUUGAUUGUUGUAACACUGUUUUGUUCCAGAAAUGUAUGUUAUAUUAACAGUUUAUUGUUUUAGAGUU